AUGCUCUCACAAAAAGAAAAAGGGCUCUCACAAAAACAUGCGAAGGACUUGUUGGCCUCGGCUAUUUACUGUAGCUUCUGCGAAAGGAGUACAAAAAACCAUUGUGAUUUGGAAAAACAAGUACUUCCAAUGAGCUUGGCAAUGCAUGGGGGAGAUGAUGUAGGCCCCAAUGGAUGGAUCUGUUUGCGGAAACUGCAAAUGUUGGUAGAGGCGGCUGUCAUGUGGUGCAGUAAAAGUGUAGCGGCCCCUUCAAGUGUUGCAUGGUGCAGUUACAUCCUACGCCUGUCAGUCGGAGAAAAUGAACAUCAAAUGCUCUUGGUAACAGGGAGAAUUGAGUGGUGGCUCCUUCAAGUUGAUGCGGAUGCUUCAAGUGUUGGAUUCCGAUUCAUGCUUCACUCUACAUCGACAUUUCAGUUGGAGAAUUAA